UUCGACGCGCCGAGGAGCAGGAAGCGGCCUCGAAGGCGGCCGCCGCCUUCCUGCCAUCGCCAGCGGGACGACCCGGGCCCUCGAGGCUGCGUCAGGGCCCCGGGGCCGCCGCACUUCCUUCCCGGGGGCCGCUUCCGCUCGCCGCCGCCCGCCUCCCCCCGGCCCUCGCAGCCGCGCCGGGGCUCCGGGGUCCCCGCACCCCGCUCGGGCCAUGGGCAGGGUCUGACCCCGCCGCCGGGGGGGUCCGCGCCGCCUCCAUGUCGCUGGCGCUGAAGGCCCGGCAGAAGGUGAGGCGCAAGGGCGGCGGCAAGGAGCGGGUUUUCGGCUGCGACCUCCUGGAGCAUCUCCAGCAGUCGGGGCAGGACGUGCCCCAGGUGCUGAGGAGCUGCACCGAGUUCGUGGAGCAGCACGGGGUGGUGGACGGCAUCUACCGCCUCUCGGGCGUCUCCUCCAACAUCCAGCGGCUGCGGCAGGAGUUCGACAGCGACCGCUGCCCCGACCUGCAGAAGGACGUCUACCUGCAGGACAUCCACUGCGUCAGCUCCCUCUGCAAGGCGUACUUCCGCGAGCUCCCCAACCCCCUCCUCACCUACCAACUCUACGACAAAUUUGCCGACGCGGUGGCCAUCCAGAUGGAAGAGGCGCGCCUGGUGAAGAUCAAGGAGGUGCUGAAGGAGCUGCCGGUGCCCCACUACAGGACGCUGGAGUUCCUGAUGAGGCACCUGCUGCUCAUGGCGUCCUACAGCAGCCAGACCAACAUGCACGCCAGGAACCUGGCCAUCGUCUGGGCGCCCAACCUGCUGCGGUCGAAGGACAUCGAGGCGACGGGGUUCAACGGCACGGCGGCGUUCAUGGAGGUGCGCGUCCAGUCCAUCGUGGUGGAGUUCAUCCUCACCCAUGUGGAGCAGCUCUUCGGGGACGCCCCUCUCCGCGGCAGCGAGUCCCCGCGGCGGUCCCUGCUGCUGGGCGGGGGGAGCCCGAGGGACGGUCAGCCCCCACCGUACCACGUGCCAGCGACGCUCAGCCAGGGCGACGGGCCCCCCCCGAUCCGGCCCUACCACACCAUCAUCGAGCUCAACGACCACAGGCAUGCACAGGUGUGCCCCGGCACGCCCGGCGUGCCCAGGCGUGUGCAGGCGUGCCCGGCACCCCUGACGCCUGGGUGCCGCAGGAGGAAGGGCUCCCUCAAGGCCAAGAAGUGGAGAUCCAUCUUCAACCUGGGCCGCUCCAGCCACGAGGCCAAGCGCAAGCUGGUCAAGGCGGAAGAGAAAGAUGACAAGUGCGGUAAGAUAACCCUGCGGCCGGCCAAGAGCAUGGACUCGCUCAGCUCCGUCCCCUUCGCCAGCGACGACGACCCUCGGCUGAGCAAGAAGCGUUCGGUGAGGCAGCCGCCGCAGCGCCGGGACAGCUUCGAUGCCUGCUCCUCGCUGCCGGCCCCGGAGAGCUGCCCCGAGCUGGAGGAGAGCCUGGAGGAGAAGCUGAAGGGGAAGGAGGAGCCGCGGGGCCCCGAGUCGGAGGGCGAGAGCAGCACCAAGUCGGAGCCCACCACCCCCAAAGCCAGCCGGGCCUCGCUGGUGGCCCCCGGCCGCUCGCCCAAGGCUGCCCACAGCCGUGCCGAGAAGUGCGCAGGGGUCCACAUCUCCGGCCCCUUCUCCGUCACCGUCCCGUUCCACAUCACCUCCAACCUCUCCCGCCUGACACGGGGGUUGCCAUGCCCAGCGCUGGCCCAGGCGGCCGCGGGCAGAGAGCCGCCCGCCAGCCCCCCGCCACCCGCCCGCCACUCUACCGGGGACCCCGAGGCGCCCGAGCACCGCACCGGGGAGGGGACGGCGGCCGUGGAGGAGACCCGGCUGUCCCUGGAGCUGCGGGACUCCUUCGCCUUCCUGGACAGCCAGGAGACGUGGCUGGAGGGCGGCGGGGACGGGGAGCCGGCGGCACAGUCCCUGCUGCUGGACACCGGCCCCGGGGACGGCGAGGGGUUCUUGGCCAUAGAGGAGGGGAUGGAGAGCGGGUUCAUGAACCUGGGGGAGCCCCCCGCCGAGCAGCCCGGCAGCUACCUCUCCAUCGAGGAGUGCAUGGACGAGGAGAUGUUCUUCAUGGCUCCCAGCGGCUCCGACGCCGAGGACUGCGCCGGCGACACCGACUCGGACGACAUGUUCCUCAGCGCCCACGACGACCUCAGCCCGCUGGCGGCAUCGCUGGAGCCCCUCGACCAGCCGCUGGGCGAGGGUACGGCCCCGGUACCCCCAGCGCCGGCCCAACCUGGCGCUGCCGUGCCACAGGACAGGUCUCCAAUGCCGGGGCCGGCAGAGCCGUGUCCCACGGAGGAGGAUGCUCCGGGUGAGGGGGAGCAGCCCGGGGACCCUGCCGGGGUGCCAGCUGAGGGGGGGGCACCAGGGAACGGCCAGCCCCCAGGGGAGGAGGGCGGAAGGGAGGGGGCUGCCGAUGGCGGCUCCAGCCCCACCAGAACUGACUCCAGCGCCGAAGCCGGCACAGGGAACGAGGCCGGGGGAGCUGGGGGCUGCGCAGGAGCAGGGCCGGUUCCCAACACAUCGGAUGGGGAAGUCGAAGAGGAUGGACCUGGCUCCGGUCCCCCUGCCACAGAGCCUUCACCGGGGUCCCCUCCCGCCCCCUCGGCAGGGGAGGCCCCCCAGGAGCCGGGGGAGGCCCCCCAGGAGCCAGCGGAGCCCCCGGUCCCCGCGUCCAACUCCGGGGUUGUCCCUGAGGCUCUCGGGGUGGGCGGCCCAGGAAGCAGCUCCGGAUCUCCCUCGCUCUCCGCCUCGGCCCCAGACCUGAGCAGCAUCACCCCCACGGCCCCGGAGCUGAGCGGCGUCACCCCUGCGGCCCCGGAGCCGAGCCAGGCUGAGCCCACCAGCUCAGAACUGGUGUGCCGCGAGCCCGUGGCUGUGCUGCGCCGUGACGGCAGCGCCCCGGUGCGCCUGGCCGCCCGCACCAUCAGGGUGCAGCAGGCUCGGUCGGUGCCCGUGGUGCCCCCCAAGCCCCAGUUCGCCAGGAUCCCCCCGGCCCUGCAGCCCUGGGCGCCGGCGGCGGAGGGCGAUGCCACCACGUCGCCCCGGCGACUCCCCAGCCCCCCGGUGCCAGAGGGGCCUCCCCACCAGUCCGUCGGGGCGAGGAGAGCGGGAUGGCGGGAGGGCGGCAGCAUGUCCUGUGACGAGGCGGUGGCGGCGGCUGCCGAGCAGCAGCUGGCCCAGGCGCCGGCGAGAAAGGUACAGCCCUCGGGCGAGGGGGAGCCGGCGCCCGCCGCCCCCAAGACCCUGCCCUUCCAUCAGGGCCCCCUGAGGCCGCGGCUGCUGCGGCCCCUCAGUUGCGUGGCGGCCCCCGAGGGCGAGGCGACGGGGAGGAACCGGCUGGGCCCGGCCCGGCCUACGGCACAGGCCGAGGGGGCGGUGCUGCCCCCGCCACGGCGGCCGGUGGGCACCAAGGGGGUGGCGGGCGAGCGCUGAGCUCCGGGGCCGGCGGGUGUUGGUGUGCGGCUGUGCGGGCGGCCGCGGAUCAAUAAAGGCGCUGGGCUUUGUCUA